GGUAUUUUGACUGACACUAGUUGACGCCUCCCCCCCCCCUCCACUUUACAGAUGUUUAUUUUAAUUAAAUUAUAAACAAAUUGAAAUUACAAUUAAUUUUAAAUAAUUAUCCAUUUUUUUUCAACAACCUUAUAAAUUAAAUGUAAAAUAAAUAAAUUAUUAAAAAAAUAAAAUGUGGCUUUAAUGAUAAAUUUAAAUAAAUAAAUCUGUGAUUUAAUUAAUUUUCAAGUUAUUAUACACAUAUAAUGCUAUGCAAAAUGUCAAUGAAUAUCUAUAGAAGCAACACGUACAUGAUAAUUGGUAUAUGUUUAGGAUUAAGCCUAAGUUUUUUAUUCUCACCAGAAGAUAUUAUUCAUCAAUAUCAUCAACAACAAAUCGAUAAUCAAUAUCAACAAAAUGUACAAUCAGAAAAAUCAACUCUAUAUGCAACUGGAUCAAUUUCAAAUUCACCAGAUGAAUAUAUUCCACAUCUUAAUGUUGAGGAAAAACCACGUAGAGCACAAAAAUUUCCAAAAACAAUAGUAAGACCUAGAUAUUAUUCAACAGAGCUUGGUAUUCGUGAUAAAUUAUUUGUUGGUAUUUUAACAAGUAAAGAACGUUUAUAUAGUUAUGGUGUUGCUUAUAAUAAAACAGUAUCACAUCUUGUUGAUAAAGUUAGAUAUUUUAUAACAAUACCUGAAGGUGGUAAACCAAAUGUCAGUCUUCCUGGUAUUGUUGGUUUUACUGAUACAAGAAUUAUUCUUAAACCAUUUCAUGUUAUUAAAUAUAUAACUGAUAAUUAUCUUGAAGAAUAUGAUUAUUAUUUUAUAACAAAAGAUAUUAAUUAUAUAAAUGCUCGUGGACUUGUUGAUUUAGUUAAUAAAAUUUCAAUAAGUCGAGAUGUACAUAUGGGAAAUUUGAUUGAUAAUUCAAAUGAAUUUUGUUCUCUUGAUGGUGGAAUAUUACUUAGUAAUGAAAUUGUUAAAAAAAUGAAAACAAGUUUAGAUUGGUGUGUUAAAAAUACAUUUUCAACUUAUGAUGAUAUUAAUUUUGGAAGAUGUAUUUAUCAUGCAACAAAAAUACCAUGUUCUUCAUCAAUUGACAGUACAACAUUUAGAUCAAUUCACAUUUCGACCAAUGAUAAUUAUAUUGAUCAUUUGAGAGAUAUUAAAAGCUCAAAUGAUUUUAUAUCUUUAUAUCCAAUUGAUAAUUAUAAUAAUAUUUAUAAAAUUCAUGCACAUUUUGCAUUGAAAAAAAUUCAAAUGUCUGAUAAACAUAUUGAUAUGAUAAAUAAUGAAAUUUUAAUUAGUACAAAUGAUUCAACAUGGCCAAUUGGUAAUCAACAAGAAAAUAAAGCACCAGGAAGAUUUGAUAUUCUUCAAUGGAAUUAUUUUAAUACGAGUCAUAUAUUUAUGUCAAGUGAUUUACAAAAUGUACGUUAUUUAAUUGGUAGUUUAAAAAUUGAAAUUGAACAAGCAAUUGAAACAGCAAAAUAUAAAAUUCAUGAUAAAUAUAAUAAUAAAUAUGAAUUUGUUAAAUUAGAAAAUGGCUGGAGAAAAUCUGAUGCAUCAAGAGGACUUGAUUAUAUUUUAGAUAUAAUAUUUUUUGAUAAGAUAAAAAGUAAAAAUAUAUUAAAAAGAAUUCAUGUUUGUAAAUUAUUGGGUAAAGCUGAAAUAUUAUCAAUACCAUAUGUCACUGAAAAUACAAGAAUUAAUAUUAUUUUACCAAUUAAAAUUAAUAAAAUUGAAGAAUCAUUAAUGUUUAUAGAUAAUUAUUCAAAUGUGUGUAUGAAAAAUAAAGACAAAACAUCACUAAUGUUGGUUUUAUUGUACAAUUUCGAUUCACCAUCAAAAGGAGCAACUGAUAUUUUCUACAAAAUAAAACAAAUGGCAUUAAGUUUAACUGAAAAGUACAAACGUAAUCAAUCAAAAAUAACAUGGCUUUCUAUAAGGCUACCAACAAAUUCAACAUUGCUUGAAGCUGAUACUGUGCCACAAGUUAUUAUUGGAGAUUUAAUAACAAAAAAAUAUUCACCAGAAAGUCUUAUAUUAUUUAUCGAAACAAAUGUUUUAUUGGAACCAGAAUAUUUAAAUAGAGUUCGUAUGAAUACAAUAAGUCAAUGGCAAAUAUUUAGUCCAAUUCCUUUUGUUGAAUUUCAACCAAAUAUAACAUAUUUUAAUAAAAAAAAUAAUGAUAAAAUUGAUGUUAAUAGAAAAGAUGGUAGAUAUGAUCAUUUAAAUUAUGAAAGUAUAUCAUUUUAUGUAAAAGAUUAUCAAAAUAUUAGAAAAUUAAGUCAAUAUGAUAUACCAAUAAUUAAUAAUGAUAAAGAUAUAGUUAAAAAUUAUAAAUUUUUACAACAAAAUCAUGAAUCAAUAUUUAACCUAUUUAUUUUAUAUAGUAAAUUGCAUCCAUUUAGAGCUGUUGAGCCAGCUUUAAAAAUAUUAUAUUCUCAUUUAAAUUGUCAAUAUUUAAAUAUUAAAAAAAAUUCAACUUGUAAUGAAAGAAAAUUACAACAACUUGGUCAACGUAGACAAUUAGCAAAUUUAAUAUUAGAUUAUCAAAAAAUAUAAAUACCAUUAUUAUAUUUGUAAAAUAUUUUAUUAAAAUUAAUUUUAGUUUAUGAUUCAUUUGCAAUAUACAAUAAUUUUAAUAGUAAUUUAUUUUUUAAAUAAAGUACUUUAUGAAUUAAUUAUUAUUAUGUAUCAACAGUAUAAAUAAAAAUUGAUACAAAACAAUAAAAUUAACAAUCAUACUUUUAU